GGGCGGGAUGCCGGAGGGGAGGGCGGGAUGCCGGAGCCGGGCCGGGCUCUCGGGGCUCUCUCCCGGGCUGCUCUGGCCCCGGCGCUCCCGGCCCGCCCGGCCAAAGUCCCUGCGCCAUGAGCGGGGCCCCGGGCGGGCGCCGCCCGACCUUCCCCGGGCUCCCAGGUAGGGCCGGGGCCGGGACCGGGGUCUGGGGGAGGCUCGGCGCGCUCGGAGCCCCGGACCCAGUGUCGGUCCCCGCAGGGGAGCGGGUGCUUGAGGAGGCGGCGGGCGCCCGGCAGCGCUGCGGGAACGGCGGCGGCUCCGUCCCGGGGACGCUGCUCUGCACCAACCGCCGCCUCGCCUUCCUGCCCGGCCAGGCUCCUGGCUCCCGUGGCCUCCUCCACUCUGAGGACGAGGUGGCCCUGCCCUGCAUCCACAAGCUGGUGGCAGCCAGCAGCUUCUCCAAGCCCAAGGUGCUGACGGCCGCCUCCACCCUCAAGUUCAUCCCCGAGGAGCUCGCCGUCUUCUGUCGGGAUUUCCGCCUGCUCCAUUUCUACUUCCCCGAGAACGGGUUGGCUCCGCAGGCGUUCCGGGUGGCCAAUGCCAUCGCACAGGCACGGGAGGCAGCUGAGUGGGAGGGGGACGCUGCUGAGGGACACGAUGGCUGGUCCUGCCCUGGCGAAGCCACCCCGGAGGAGGACGAGGACGAGGAGGAUGAGGAGGAAGGCUCGUCCACCAUGCUGCUCUUCGAGAGCCUGUGGGACUGGGAGAAGGAGCUGCAGCGUCUCGGCACUGCGGGCUGGAGGGUGAGCACCGUCAAUGAGCGCUUCGACAUGGCCCCCAGCCUCCCCCAGUACCUGUGGGUGCCCAGUGGGCUUCUGGACCACGAUCUCAAGCAAACUUUUGCCCACUUUCAGGAGCGACGGGUGCCUCGCCUGUGCUGGCACCACCCGGGUGGGGGGGACCUGCUGAGAGCCGCCAGCUUUCACCCAGCCUCAGAGCCAGGCAGCGAGGAUGUGAGGUGCCUGGAGGCGCUGCUGCUGGGGGACCGUGGGCCCUGCAUUUUGGCCGACACGGCUGAGCUGCCCACGCUCGCUGACAUCCAGCUCGCCCACCUGAGGCUGCGGGCACUCUGCCUGCCUGGUGCAGUGGCAGAGGAGAAGUGGCUCUCAGCCCUGGAGGGGACACGCUGGCUGGACCAUGUCCGCACCUGCUUGAGAAAAGCUGUGGAGGUGGUGUUGCUGCUGGCAGGGAAGCGCUGCUCUGUGGUCCUGCAAGAGCCCUCGGAUCGGGACCUGAACUGCCUCCUGGCCUCUCUGGUGCAGCUCCUGGGGGACCCCCACGCCCGCUCCCUGCCUGGCUUCCAGAGCCUGGUGCAGCGGGAGUGGGUGGCAGCCGGACACCCCUUCCCGCGCCGCCUGGGGCUGCUCUGCCGGGACGCUCCUCGGGAGGAGGCCCCCGUGUUCCUGCUGUUCCUGGACUGCACGUGGCAGCUCCUGUGGCAAUUCCCGGCAGAUUUUGGCUUCACUGAGGCUUUUCUCCUGGCGCUCCACGACAGCAGCUUCAGCCCCUACUUCAGCACUUUCCGCUUCAGCUGCCAGCGCCAGCGGGGCCGCAGCAGCAUGCCCCAGCUCCCCAGCCAGACCUACUGGCCCGUGGGGGGCUGGCAGGACCCUGGGGGGCACAGGGGAGGCCCCCGCACCUGCACCUUCCCCCCGGUCUGGGCCUGGGGGCGGCGCUACACCCGGCAGCAGCAGGAGCAAUUCCGGAACCCUAUGGGACCCCCGGCUCCUGCUGAGUCCCUGGCCCCAGGCACGCCUGGAGACCCCUGCCCGCAGGGGGGACCCAGGCUGGUGCUGACGCUGGCUAAGGGCUCGUUGUGCCCCCACCCCCUGCCCUGGUGGAGCCGCCCGCCCCUGCGCCCCCCCCACCGGGUGUCCCUCUCAGGGAGCCUGGGGACACAAGGGGGGCUCUUGGGGGCCAGCCAGCCCCCGCCAGGGCUGCUCCUGCCCUGCACCCUCGGGCCCUGCAUCCGCCUCUGGCACCGCUGCUACCUCAGGGGGCUGCCCCAGGAACAGCGUGGGCGCUUGGCCCCGUCCCUGGCCGGGCUGGCUGAGGAGCUGGAGCUGCUCCAGGACCGGCUCCGUGCCUGGGAGACGCAGAGACCGCACUGAGACCCCGAGAGCAUCGGCCAGACACCGCCAGCAUCUCCCGA